UCCGGUACCGGGGUCGGGAGGUGGGUGGCGCGAGGCUUCUGCUCCGGAUACAGCGAGGUUAGGCCAGGAGACUGGCGUCUGCUGCUGGGCUCCUCCAGCCGCCCGCAGGCCCAGGGUGACCCCGGGCGAGGCCUAGCCGGGGUGCGCAAACCUCUGGGGCCGCGGCCGCGCCUGGGGGUCGGGAGCUGCCGCCUUCCUCUGAGUCUUGACAGUUCUCGGUGGUGACACCUGCUCGGAAGAACAGCCUCCCCGUCCUCCGCGAAGCUGGGUCGGGCCCAGGAAUCCAGGAAUCGGAGCCGAGGUUGUGAGGCCUCGCCCCGCCCGCGGGGGUGGGUAUUUCUUUCUGGAGCGCGCUCAGAGCCUCUGGGGCGGUCAGGUGGGAAACUCUCCUUGCCGCGUCGGUCCAAAACACUCUGCCAGCCAUCUCGGAGACGCGACGGCGGUGCUAGGAAAACAUUGGAAAACAAAAACAACCUUCUCCGUAUGGAUACUGUGGAGCCUCAAAAACGUCUGGAAGAACAGUCAGCGACCUUGGAACCGCGGCGGGCAGGGUUAGUGUCCUGCCCUGCCUGAAAGAUUUCCAUUUCCCACGAGAGAGAAAGGAAUAAAUGUUGCAUCCUCUGAAGGGCACCCUCACCCAGGCAGCGGCCUUGGCCCCUCCCAGGGCUUGAAGCCAGGUGCUGUGUGACUCAUACUUGCUGCAGGGGCGUCUAUGCCCUGCAGUGUGUAUGGUGAGCCUCAACGAGGCAGCAAGUCCUGGGUUCCAAGUCCUUUCAGGGCCACUGGUCAGCUGUGCAACGUGGCAUCACUUCUCCUCUCAUGGGAUUGUGCCAAGGAUUAAGUGAAAGAAACUUAGGAUGUGCCUGCUUAUAGUGGACCCUCAAUAAAUGUGAACAGCUACGGGCUUCCUUUCUUUUUGGUUGGACCGCAUCAUACCCCCAUACCCCCCAAAUUCUGUGCCUUACGGGCUGAGGCUAGGAUGCAGAAGAAUGUAUCACUCGACUCUCUCCUGGUACCUCCCUGGAUGCCAUGGGGGGAAGGAGAAAAGGGUCUAUUAGCCACCACAGAGUUGUUCUUUGCUCAUCUGAAGUCUCAAAGGACCCCUGCCCCCACCAUCCUCCUGACCUCUGUCAUUAGCAGUUGCCCCAUUAGGGAUGUUGCGAUACAUUCCUGGUGGUUGGCAAAGUGAGUCAUGCAAUGUGAGGCUGUGAUGCUGGUAGACAGGACUGCUGCCCCAUUUCCCAUGUGGUGAGGGAUUGGUGGCCUCAGCAGCUUUUGGGCACUCUCUGCUCUGCAGCACUGUCUCCUAGGGGUUUCACCCAAGCCUGACACCCAUGUUUCUACUCCAGCCUGGCACUCUCUCCUCUGCCGCCCCUUCCUUUCCUGAAAACCCACUGGGGCAUCCAAUAGCAUCUCAAGCUUCACUUGUUCAAAAUGGAACUCUGGAGUCCCCUCUGUGCCACUGCUCCUCUGCUAGAUUCUUUGGACCAACCAUCCACCCAGUGCCUGAGGAGUCACCCUUGAUUCUUCUCUCUCCCUCACCUCCACAUCCACAAAACGCCAAGAAUCCAACCACCUCUCGCCAUGGUUACCAUCUCAGCCGUACCUGUACCUGUCGUGUGUCCCCUGCCCUGGCCUCCUGACUUGUCUCCCUGCUUCCAUCCGGCCCCUCCACAGUCCAGGGUCCUUACAGCCUCCAGAGAAGUCUUUAACAUAAGUCAAAUCCUCUCCCUUCCCUGCUCAGAUCCCUCCAAUGGCUUUCUUUUGUACUCCAAAUAAAACCAAAGUCCUUUCCUAUAACACCCUACGUGAGUGGCCCCUCCCAACCCCUUAACCUUGAUGUCUACCCCUCCCCCUAGCUUUCUAGACCUCCACCACACUGACCUGUUUUCUAACCUUUAAACAUAUCAAGUUCAUUUCCACCGUAGGACUUCUCGCUUGCUGUGGCCUCUGCCUGAAACACCGAUCUUCUCACAGCCAAGAACAGCUCAGCUCAAACGUUGCCAAUGCAGAAAGGUUUCCCUGACCAUCCCAGUUCAAGCAGCACGCCCUUCUCCAGGGGCUCUGUCUCAUUACCCUGCUUUGGUUUCUUUAUAACCUUUUUUUUUUUUUUUAAUUUUAUUUAUUUAUUUUUUCCCCCAAAGCCCCAGUAGAUAGUUGUAUGCCAUAGCUGCACAUCCUUCCAGUCGCUGUACGUGGGACACGGCCUCAGCGUGGCCGGAGACCUUGAUUACUAUCUGGGAUUCUUGUUUAUGUAUAUGUUUACUGAUUUGCUAUCUGUCCCACCCCAAUAGAAUAUAAAUUGGAUGAUGGCAGAGGUCUUGUCUGUCUUAUUCCCUGCAGCUCUCCCCAGUGAGAGAGGCAAAUAAGAAACAAGGAAACAAACACAUCUGUAAUCGCAGACUGUGUCCAUCCACCCGUCACGGGCCAGAGCCCUCUGUCACUUCAGAACCUGGACAGAAAUGACAUUUGCCGAGGACAAGACUUUUCAGUAUAUCCGCCACCAUCACAGCACUUUUCGCAAUAUCCAUGUUCUGGAGAUUCUGCCUUACCUGUCCUGCCUCACCGCAAGUGACCAGGACCGACUGCGGGCCACCUAUGAGCGCUGGGGGAACCAGGACACCCUCUUGGAGCUCUUCAACAGCCUUCGGCGGCGGAAUGGCUGGGUGCAUUCCUUCAUCGAGGCCCUGAGGGCCUGUGAGCUGUCUGGUCUCGCUGAUGAAGUGGCCCGGGUCUACCACAGCAGCCUGCCCCGGACCUCGAACCGCCCUGCAGCCCCACUGGAGCCACCGUCAGUUCCUGCUGAGGUUCCAGGGCCCUCCAUACCCACCGUGGCCCCCAGCACCCCCGCCAAUGGCUGCAGAGAGGAGGAGCCAAGUUACCCCAUGCCUGUCCAGGACACCCAGCCGCCGGAGUACCAGGAAGAGAGUUCAAGGAAAGCCACACAGAUACCCAGCUCUGGGGCUGUCCUGAGGAGGCCAGGUGGCCCCCUGGAGCCCUCCUCUGACAUGGGGGCCCCCAGCCCUCUGACCUCCAGUGGACCUCAGGAGCAGGACACAGAACUGGACGGUACCCACACAGCAGCUGCAGGCAUGGUCUCCAGCCUCACAUCACUCCGUGGGCCUCUGUCUCCAACUGUCUCCUUCCAGCCUCUGGCCCGUUCCACCCCCAGGGCAAGCCGCUUGCCUGGACCCCCAGUGUUAGCUCCGUCUACUGGCACCUCCCCCUCCUCUACUGGCUUGGCCUCUGCAGGGGAUGCUGGUGACCAGGCUGAGGUUACCAUCUGCUCCAGUGGGGCAGGAGUGCCCACCAACUCUAUGACCGCCAGCACAGCACCCUCCAAGGUGCCCACGAAGCCAGCAUUUGCCAGCACAGUGCCUUCCAAGUUGCCCACCAGCUCAAAGCCCCCUGGUACAAUGCCCACUAAUGUGCUCACCAGUCAAACACCAUCCAAAUUGCCCAUCAACUCAACACGUGCUGGCACAGUGCCACCCAAAGUGCCUACUGGUUUGGCGCCUGACUGCAUGAUGCCCAGCAAGGUGCCUGCCAAUACAGCGCCCACCAUCAGGAGCAGCCACAGACCUGAGGAAGAGACUCCAGCGCCCACAGGCGCAGCCACUGCUGGAGGCAGCUCCAACAGCCGGGGCUCAGGUCUGGAGCUGAGCAAGCCCGGCAGGCUCGUAUCCCAGAUAGACAACCAGCCAUUGUCGAUCUGCUCUGAGGACCUUGCCAUCAGCUGCAGCGACUCUUUGGGCGCGAGGCCUGCCAAUGCCCCAGAGGAGAACGAGUAUGAGUCAGGGUCAGUGGACUCCAUCAGGAUGCACGUGGCCGAGGGCCCCAACGCUGACCUGCUGGAGGGCAGCCCUGGGCCGCGCGCUGCCCUGCAGCUCCGGGAGGAUGAGGUGACGCUGUGCAACUGGACGGUCCCUAGGGCUCGGUGGCUCGGGGUGGCCGCAGCCGGGGCGCUUCUAGCCACGCUCCUGGCUGCUCUGUACCGGCGGCGCCUGCUCCAGUGAAGCCCCCUGGGCCCUUUCCGCCUGUGUCUGCUCCCUUCCCCACGGUACAUCUAGCCUGAGCCAUGGAGCCAGGCUGUCCUGCCCACCUUGUCCCUUUUGCAGGGCUGGCAGGGCCUGAGUCAGAGGGGAGCCGGGGGGCCGCAGGCCUGGCGGAAGGCCGAGCCACGGCUGGCUGGACUGAGUCCUGGGAGGCAGUAUUUCUGUCCCAGCUCCUGCCCUCUGCGACUUCCUCACCAUCCUUGGCUUUCUGGACCCUGGGCUGCCUGGUGCGCUCCAAACCUUGCCCACUUGGCAGUCCGGGUUGUUGUGCUUGUCCCCUGGAGGAGGUGCCUCCGUCCAGGCUUUAUCCCUGUUUGCCCAAGUCCAUGGAUCAGGAAGUGCUGCUGGAGAGCACAGGGGGUCGGCGAUGCCCCCAUCCUGCCCUGGACGCUUGCAGCCAACAGCAGAUGUGUGGGUGGGGACCCACAGGACCUCGCUCCAGCCCGCAGCAGCUCAGCCUGAGGCCAUUGCCCCAGGAGCAGCAAGGUGGCCAGUCUCCAGGGACGCAACUGUUAUGGUGCCCACCUCUGGUGCCCCUCCCUUGGCAGGCAAGGGUGGGGAGGAGGUCCAGAGAUUCCUGUGGACCCCUGGGAAACCUGAGGCAGCUACUAGGCCUGAGGACUGCCUCCAGAGCCCUCUCCAACCUUCUCACCCCCAUCUCCUCUUUCCCUCCCUCCUGGUCUCCAUUCUCUUCAGCUCCAUAGGGUGGUUGGGAAGGGGGCACCUGUGGGAAAGAGCUCAGGCCAAGGUUUGGAUUUCAGCUCCACCCCUUCCUGGGCUGGGUGGCCUUGGCAGAUGAUCAGACUUCUCUGGUCUUGCUUCCCCACAUGGACAGUGAGUAUCAUGGCUCAUCCUUCACUGGGUUCUUCUGAGACUGAAGCAUGCGGGUGUUUGUCAAGUGCCUGGCCCAGAGUGGGUGGCCACUAAAUGCUUCCCCCACCUCUCCCCUGCCCAGCCUGGUAGAGAUGAGGGCAUAAGAGGCAGAGUACCCAGUGGGUAAGGGCGCGACUCUGCAGUGUAGGGUGGCCUACGCUGCAUUCUGCUCUGCCUCUCACUAGCUCUGUGCUCUUGGACAAGGUGUUAACCUCUCUGCGCCUCAGUUUUCUCACCUGUAAAAUGGGGAUGAAUAGCAAAAUUAUAUAUAUGUUUAUUUCCUAGUGUUGUGAGGAUUAAAUGAGUUUAUCUAUAUAAAUCUUAGAA